CUACAUAGUUACCCUCGUUAUCGCAUCUAACCACAUCGCUUACGCUGGCCUCAAGAUCGAUCGCCCGAGGCCAGCAACCUAAGCGCCUACCAAUACCUAUUACUACUCCUCCUACUAUAAACAGCCCUACAUCCUAACAAAAGAAAAGAAAAAGAAACAAUGUUGUCCGGUCUCCAAAACCCCCGGCAAGCAGCCGCGCAACUGCUCAACUUCGGCCUCAUCCUCUCCACCGCGUUCAUGAUGUGGAAAGGCCUCUCCGUGAUCUCCGACUCCCCCUCCCCCAUCGUCGUCGUCCUCUCGGGCUCCAUGGAACCCGCCUUCCAGCGGGGCGACCUCCUCUUCCUCUGGAACCGGAACCUCGCCGCCGAGACCGCCGUCGGCGAGGUCGUCGUCUACAACGUGCGGGACAAGGACAUACCCAUCGUGCACCGCGUCGUCCGCAAGUUCGGCUCCGGCCCCGACGCCCAGCUGCUCACCAAGGGUGACAACAACGCCGCCGACGACACCGAGCUCUACGCCCGCGGCCAGGACUACCUCGAGCGCAGGGACAUCAUCGGCUCCGUCGUGGGCUACAUACCCUUCGUGGGGUACGUGACCAUCAUGCUCAGCGAGCACCCGUGGCUCAAGACGGUGAUGCUGGGGAUCAUGGGGUUGAUGGUCGUUAUGCAGCGGGAGUAGAUUGGGCAGAGGAGAAACCUAUAUAUACCUAUAUAAGGCUACAAACAGAGAAAAAAAAAAUGGUAGUGGGUGGUUUGUAGUCAUGUUUGGCCAAAAUAAAACGAAAUUAAUUAGAUUAUUCGACUAAAGAGAAUAAAACGCUGUCAUCUUGAA